UAUAUAUAUAUAUAUAUAUAUAUCUUAUAUCGAGAUUGUAUAUCGAAAUCUGUAAAGGCUCGUCUAGGAAUUUAUAAACUGUAAAACUCAUAUAUAUCGAGAGUUGUUUUUCAUGUAAGGUACACUUAUUGCGGGUACGUUUAUUAUUACGAUUUAUUAGUACGGUUAUUAUUUCGCGCGUACGUCAUAUGUGCGAAAUUUGGAUGAUUGUGCCGAAAUAACUUUUACGAAACUCUUUUUCUUAAUUCGCAACCAUUUUGCAGCAUUAUCUCGAUCGUUAACGUACAUCGCGUAUAAUGCGAUCAGUGAAAUAUUCAAAAUUCUUUUUCUCCAUAUGUCUCCACUUGCGACUUGGUAUAAUAAUCAACUUUUCACGUUUGUUUCAAUACGAUUUCAACAUCCUUUCCAACUGACGAAAUGACGAAGCGUGAUUUUCCUCGAGAAACAUUGGAUCUCUUCCGACGCGGUGCACAUUGAAAUUCAAAUACAAUCAAUGGAAUUCCUACAAACAUCGAUCCUAUGAAAUAUUCAAAACGACGAAAGCCGGGAUGGCAGGAUGAUCGCAUUGCCGUACUUCGGAUGGCACACCUUCGUUCUUUCGUACUAUGUACGAACUCUCGUGAGAAAUACGACAUACAUCAUCGUCCUUCAACGCGCCAGAAUUUUCCGUUAUUAUCAGCCGAUAAAACAUUUAAAUUAUACACGUGAUGUAUUACCUCGCUUGCUACUGAUCAGCGAUAUACUUCUAAAUAAUAAAGAAAUAAAACGCAAAAGAACAACCUUUCGAAAAUAAUUGCAAAGAAACGAUGCAAUCAUCGCUCGGCAUACCGUCGAACAAUCCAAUAUCCUUAUUGCGACACACUGGAAUGCACUCGAGAAGUCUGGCGUUCGAUUAUGCUGAUUCCUAUACUAUUUCGAAAAGCAGUGGGGCUAAGCAGCACGGAGCUCGACGCACAGCAGGUAGACCGGAUCGGGUCUUUUUUUCAUAUCCUCUGGCAGGCCAGUCGAGUUCGUUCGCUCCUCGCAUCGAUUCUACCUGAACAAGUGCGUCCAAAGUGUUUCCAACGGAUUUCACACGUGUUUAAUAAACAAUACCGAAUCAAUACACACACACACAGAAUUUAUUCGGUAUCGAAUGUUCGUACAUAUAUAUCGAGAGAGAUACGCUCGCGAAUAAUACGGGCAACAAAUAAAUAUCGUAACGUCGGUGCGAAUCGUCUGCCAAAUAUUUCCCGGGGAGGGGGGAAAAAUUAAUAAUAAUUUAUUAAUAAAUAGUAACUGGUAUACAUGUUUCACGUUUCAAAAUAUACUUUUAUAUAAAAGUUGACAUAUGGAGAAUAUUUCUUGUGUAAUUUGAAUCCAUGUACUAUCCAUUUGCUAUACUGUCGUAUCACGUGCUGCAUUAGCGUUACUAUAUGUAUUUAUAGGAAAUUGAGAAAGACGGCAGAGAGACGGUGUGGCUUUUGCACAUGUAUUACAGUUGUUUCUGCGAACUUAUUCGCGUUCUUGCGACGAAUCCAAUUACACGUAACUGUCUUCAGGAUUGAAAUAUGUGGCCGACGUGUAUGAAGAGACAUUCCACGAUGCUCGGAUUGGCGGUGUUGAUGACCGCGUAUUUGUGGAGCGCUGAGACACUCACGAUCUCAGCACUUUUAUUGAUAUUUCUAGCAGGAAUCACUUAUUGGUAUCGUCGAGAGGAAUUAAACGCACAGCGUCUCAUAGUCAUAACCGGCUGCGACUCUGGUUUGGGAUAUAGUUUGGCCUUGCACUGUCAGACCUUCGGCGCCACAGUCAUGGCGGGAGUGCUCAAUCCGGACGGUCAGGCUGCCAAAAAUUUAACUGAGAGCAAAGUUAUCGUUCAUCGCCUCGAUAUUACCGAUGAAGAGAGCAUCAGACGGUUCGGACAACACGUCGAGAUCCUGUGCAACGAGAAGAAUCACGAUCUGUACGCGUUGAUAAACAAUGCUGGAGUGAUGAUCUUUGGCGAAUUUCAUUGGCAGACGGAGCAUCAGGUCAAGUAUCAGGUAGCGGUGAAUUUAGUAGGAACGAUGAGAAUUACGCAGGCUCUCAUGUCGGUUAUACUAUCGAACAAGAGCAGAAUCAUCAUUAUAAGCAGCCACUGCGCCGAGGAAUUCUUGCCAGGCUUGAGCGUGUACGGAGCGACCAAGGCCGCCCUCCGCGCGUGGUCUAUUUCUCUUCGGGUGGAGCUUGCCAAGUAUGGUGUCAAAGUGAUCUCUUUCAUACCCGGUAACUUUACCGGAGAAAGCAACAUUAUGGCGCGUCAGCGGCAGUACUUCAGUGAGAUGCAACAAUCGAUGAAGCCCGAAUCGAUGGUCUUUUAUAACGACUAUUUCUCUCGAUACGUAGAGUAUUAUUCUUCCGUCGCGAGGCAAGACGAUUUGAAACGUGUGACGAAUUCGAGUAUCUACGAAAUAUUCGAUAAGGCUCUUCUCAACGUUAAUCCGUCCGCGGUUUACAAAUUCGGCAUCAUCCUCGUGUUCUGCAUCGCGGUCUCUCUGCAGGAUACUCCUUUCGCGCUAUGCUCCGACGGACCUCCGCCAAAGUUAUUGCGGGUGGAAGGAUGCGACAAGCUUCCUUGCAAGUUGGUAAGAGGGACUGAUUUGAUUGCGGAAUGGGAUUUUAAUGCCAGGAAUGACGUGGAGAAACUGAAAACCCGCGUCAUGGUUACGCUAGCAGGAAUCACAACAGAAUAUCCGUAUCCCGAGCCGGAUGCGUGCAAGUCCUUAUCGAAAGGCGAGUGUCCGCUGGAGAAGGAUGAAGAAGUUACGUACAAUCUUAACAUGCAUAUAAGCGAAUUUUACCCGCCGGUGAAAUUAAACGUCGAGUUUGCUUUGCUUGACGAGGAGACUGAAGAAGUUCAGGUGUGCUUCAAGUUGGACGGCAAAGUGACGGACAAAUAGCUCCAUCGUUGGAUUAAUAUGGCGGAGAUAUUUAAUAUAUGUGACAUAAAAGGAGUGUGAUGGAAAAUUUGCGGAAAAAUAUCAGCGAUUUUUUAUCAAACGAUUUGAGAUAACAUCAAAUUGUUUAAAAACUACCACUUUAUACUAUAUAAUAAGUGAUUUUUAUACGUUGAAAUGAGUUACGAGUCGGUCAAGAUGAAGCGUUCAGAUUUAUAAAAUGAUGUAAAGACAAUGAGAGAUGUAAGCAAGAAAGAGAGAGAGAGAGAGAGAGA